CGGCUUCCUCCCUCUCCCUCUUGCUCUCCUCCACACGGCGCCCUCACGCGCGCCACCUGUCUCUCUCUCUCUCUCUCUCUCUCUCUCUCUCCUCGCCGCUCGCUCGCUCGCUCGCUCGCGUGGGGAGGAGUCGCUAGGGCUUCGACCUCCGCAUUCCGAUCUCGCGCCGCGUCGCUGCCGAUCGGCGGGGUUUGGUGUUUGGUGUUUUGGGGAUGGUGUCGGGUGGGCGCGUGGGGGGUGGAGAAGGGGAGGCGGGGGAGGCGGCGGAGGUGGCGGUGGCGAUGGUGGAUAAUGAGGAGGAGAUGGCGCAGGCGCAGGCGCCACCCGCGGCGGCGGUGGCGGCGAGGGAGCUGGUGGUGGGGUACGCGCUGACGUCGAAGAAGGCCAAGAGCUUCCUCCAGCCCAAGCUCCGCGGACUCGCCAGGAAGAAAGGGAUCCUUUUUGUUGCUAUUGAUCAAAAACGUCCACUGUCAGAUCAAGGACCUUUUGACAUUGUUCUGCAUAAGUUGACAGGAAGGGAGUGGCAACAAUUAUUGGAGGAAUAUAGGGAGGAACACCCAGAAGUUACUGUUCUUGACCCACCAGGUGCCAUAGAACAUCUGCUUAAUCGUCAAUCUAUGCUUCAAGAGGUUUCUGAAUUGGACCUCUCAGAUUGUCAUGGUAGAGUCGGUGUUCCUAAGCAGCUGUUUGUUAAUACAGAUCCAUCAUCAAUACCAGCUGCUGUUAUGAGGGCUGGUCUAUCUCUUCCAUUAGUGGCAAAGCCUCUGGUGGCAAAAUCCCAUGAGUUAUCUCUUGCUUAUGAUCCAAUCUCCUUGACGAAGCUUGAGCCUCCGCUUGUUCUUCAGGAAUUUGUAAACCAUGGUGGUGUCUUGUUUAAGGUCUACAUUGUUGGGGAUGCGAUACGGGUUGUGCGUAGGUUUUCGCUUCCCAACGUUGAUGUAGGUGAUUUAUCAAACAAUGCUGGAGUAUUUCGGUUUCCAAGGGUCUCUUGUGCUUCAGCCAACGCAGAUGAUGCAGAUCUGGACCCCCAUGUUGCUGAACUUCCUCCAAGACCACUUCUCGAGAUAUUGGCAAGAGAGCUGCGCCGACGAUUGGGUCUUAGAUUGUUUAACAUUGAUAUGAUUAGAGAGCAUGGGACAAGAGAUCGGUUCUAUGUCAUAGACAUGAACUAUUUUCCUGGGUAUGGUAAAAUGCCUGGAUAUGAACAUGUAUUCACCGACUUUCUGCUGAGUCUAGUUCAAAAGGAGUACAAACGACGACCAAGCUAUAGCUCAUGCGAGGGGUGAAACGACGAGCCCUUCACCGUGUCAGUGUGUCUCGAAUUCGCUGUGUGUGUAGUACAAAUGUGAAUGCAAGAAGGCAAGAGCAAAUCCUCCGUGGUAAAGUUGGGCAUCAGUAGUUGCGAUAAAGCAGCGAUGACUGUGUCAAGCUGUAAAUUAUUAGCUCCCGUUUGCUAACUUCUCUUGUUCUCAAAUAAUUUUGCUCGGCUAAUUAAUGAAGUUAAGAUGUUACCUGCUACAAAUGUGCGAAAGGAGUGCCUUUUUUUGCUUGGUACCAUCACAAAUAUCAGCUGUGGAAAAAUCGUGAUGUCUGGUGAAAUCCUGGUGGCUUCAGUUGAUGAUAAAUCUGGAACACCUUUGAAAUGCUCGAAGUCCACUGUAAGAUACAGGAGUCCCAACUCUGCUAAGGCCAUUCACAGUGUGUCACCAUUAUUUACGAAGAACCUCAUAACCUCCACACUCCACAGUGCAAGUACUAGUAGUGGGUCCCACUGGUACAUCUUUUUACUUUCAUCUUCCAAUCUCUCUUUCUUUUCUCAAGCUGUUCUCUCUCAACUCUCAAGUACUACUCUCUCAAGUGAGCUCUCUCCCGAGGCUCCAAGCGGUGGCGGAAGGCGGCGGCAACGUCGAGCGGCGCACGGCGCCCUCCCGUCCUCUGUCCACAACGGUGGCGCGGGGCAGAUCGAGCGGCGGCGGUGCUGGGCAGAUGUGGCGGCGGCGCUGGGCGAAGCCGCGCGCUCUGGCUCCUCUUCCUCUGUCGCGACCCGAGCCCGACCGGAGCGGCAGCUGGGUAGCCAGAUCCAGGUUGGGCUCGCCGGAUCUAGCCGUGGACGGCGACGGCGGGCUCGUCAGCUUACCACGGCGAUGGCGGGCUAGGCGGCUCGUCGGCAAGGAGGCGACGACGGCAGCGGGAAGGAGGGCGUUGCCACUCGCUCCAC